GGUGUGUGAAUAUAUGUAAUUUCUUUCCUUUUGAAAAAAAUAUACAUAUAUAUAUUUAAAAGGGAGAUGUAUGCGGGAUCAAUGACAAAAUCAUUUAAAGAUUCACUCAAAGUUCUUGAAGCAGAUAUUCAGCAUGCUAAUACUCUGGCAUCUGAUUUUCCAAGGGAGUAUGAUGGUGCGUGCGUGCAGAUGAGAAUGUCAUAUAGUCCGGCUGCACAAUUUUUCCUUUUCUUUGUUCAGUGGUCAGACUGCCACCUUGCUGGUGCUCUUGGACUCUUGAGGGUCUUGAUUUUUCAGGUUUAUGCGGAUGGUACCACCACCAUGUCUACUCAUGAAAGGAAGGCAAGCAUAAGGGAAUUUUAUGGUGUCAUAUAUCCAUCUUUGAUGCAACUUGAAAGUGGUGUGACGGAUUCAGAAGAGAGAAAGCAAAAGAAGGUAUGCAUGGAAAGGUAUAGAAAAAGAGAAGAUGAUGAUUACAAUCGUUAUUCUGAUGUUGACAUUGAACGAGAAGAAGAAUGUGGUAUCUGCAUGGAGAUGAAUAGCAAGCUCGUGUUACCCAAAUGUAAUCAUGCCAUGUGCUCAAACUGCUACAAUGACUGGCGUACAAGGUCACUUUCAUGCCCGUUUUGCCGAGUCAGCCUAAAGCGAGUCGACUCAGGCGAGCUGUGGGUGUAUGUUGAUUAUAAAGAGGCAGUUGACAUGGCCACAAUAACAAAAGAAAAUCUAAAACGAUUCUUCAUGUAUAUAGACAAGCUGCCUCUUGUUAUUCCUGACUCGAAUUUUGACACCUACGAUUCACAUUUGAUGUAAGCACAUUUAACCCCUGCGUUCGUACUAAUUUACAUAUCUACCUCCUUGGUCCUACGCAGAAAACUCGAGACUCCCUUGGGUCUGUUCAGGAUUAUAGGAAUGAAGUGGUUUGUUUUCAGUUGUCGUUUAGAUGAACCCGGCCUGAGUUUGUUGAGGGCACGGGGUUGAAGCUGAGAUAGUUUACUUGCAACAUAAAAGAGUUGUCGUAAUUGUAUGUAGUAAAUAUGUAUAUGUUUGAAUAGUAAAAUGUCUAUUUCCCGGGUACUUACACUGAGAGAUUAUGCAUGCAAAUGCUGCUCUAUGCUAAUAGUAAAUGUAUGUAUAGGUUUAGGGUUUGCUCAUAAAGCAAUUGUUAGAGUUAUGGAUUUGGUGGACAUGUCUUCAUUGGAAUCUUAACAAAUGGUUUGGUAAUUUCUCUUUGGUAAA